GCAAGGCGGCAGCGGAGCAGUGAGGAGUAGCCGCCGGCCUGCCGGGUCUCUCUGCCGACCCCUUCACCGCGGCCGGGGGGGAAAGACUGCAGCAGAGACACCUCUGCCAUCGUGGAGGGGCUUGCAAGAAGGGAUCGGUGCCGGUCACAUCGGUCUUUCCUCAGAGGCUCGAAGGGCGCUGCCUAACGUAACUGCACAGCUUUUGUAGGCGUAGAAUAAACCCGUCCUAGCCCAGUCGGUCGAUCGUGUACAAAUUCGUAAAUUAGCAGCAGAAACCUCUUUAAAUUGCUGCGGUCUGUGCCGUUUAUUAUCCAGGCAGGGGGUGAGAUUAUAUUGUCACAGAUUAAAAAAACCCUCUGAUUUAAGACGAGCUUAAUGUACAGAAGCAUACAGUACUGCCCACAGCUGUGGGGUUCGGAAAGCAUGCAAGGCAAAUGCACUUAUACGUGUUCAGAGUUUUGGAUUCCUUUUUAAAUACGUUUAAUCCCCUGGGGCUGCAGGCAUGCCUUCUCUUUCUUCCGGGUUUCUUUUUUUUUCCCUUUUCUUCUCGCGGUCUGGAAAAUUUCCAUCUGCCAAGAAGCAGCCAGCCUGUAAUAGGGGCACAAUGCGUGUUGAACUACAGUUAAAUCGUUCACUUUGUUCGCUUUAAGCUUUGUAUUUCUGUGUCUGUCUGCAGGAACUAUUUCUUUAAGUUAAAUGUGUACAGAUUAACAGGAUCAGAUGGAGCACCUCAAAACAGAUUUCCAUUGACAACUGUCUAUCUUGGACUUUGGCUUUAACACCAGUGUCCCCUUUUAAACAACUCGGCCUUGUUUUGCCCAGAUAGGUUUGCCCUCUGCAAACGUAUCAGUUAGGAAAGCACAGACUGUUUUACAUCCAACUGAAAGCAUAACUAUUUAGAUCACAGAAACUAAAGAUCAGGUUCCUACUCCUGCCCUGCAGAGACACUUGAAAAGCAAAACCAUUGUCAGUAUUUAUACGUGCCUGGAAAAAAAGGCCUUUUGAGAAUUGAAUUUGAUAGGGAACAAACGCAUUGAUUAGCUUGGGAUUUUGGAUUAAUCCUCUGAUUCAUGCUGUGGAUACCAGGAAAUCUAAAUAUAGCUAACAUUUCAUGUCCUCCUUUCAAGCUGACAGAAGUGAAACCAAGUGUGGGUUUUGAUAAUUGGCAGGCUUUCAAUUUGGUCGUGCUGUGUUUCACAGAAGGAAGUUAACAUACUGUUGUUAUGAGUUGAGGGUAACAGAAAAGAAAAAGCAACUCAAGAAAGUAAAUCAGUUUUUAAAUACCUCUAAGUAUGCUGAAAUAAGGGUGUGGUGUUGCUGUCACCCCACAAUAAAAUGGAAAAUAUUAAAAUUCCAAGUGUUUGGUUCCACUCACCUGGUGGCCUAGCCCACAUUCAUCUGGUGCAACAACAGUGAUUCCCAGCAUGUUCGGCCUUUUGCCAAGUUGACAGUUACUCACUAAGUGCUAAGUAAAGAAACAUUUCUUCAUCUAAGAAUUGCAUGAAAGGUAAACCAAGAGCUUCUAAAGCAACAUUCUUCGAGCUGUGAAGAACAAGUUUAAUGGCAGCCUCCAGAAAGCUCAUGUCACAGCCAUUGUCUACUGAAGCAGCCACUUAUUUUCUUUUUGUUCUUGAAGACAUUCCAGCAGCUGCAUAUCUUUUCUUCCUGAUCUUUUAUUCCUACGAAUCUCUGUGAAGACAAGUUAUGUCAACAGCUACUUUAAUUAAUUUGGUACGAAACGGAGGGUAUCAAGUAAGAAGGAGAGCCGUACUGACGUCCCGCCUCUUGCAAGACGAGAAGCGUCCGACAGCCGCCUGCUACAGCUCCACCUCCGAGCGCCGUGCUUCCCGCUUUGAUCCAGACGGGAGCGGGCGACCUACCACAUGGGACACCUUUGGCAUCUGGGACAAUCGCAUUGACGAACCUAUUCUCCUCCCACCAAGCAUAAAGUAUGGGAAGCCAAUUCCAAAAGUCAGCCUGGCCAACGUGGGCUGCGCUAGCCAUAUUGGGAAGCGUAAGGAAAAUGAAGACCGGUUUGAUUAUGCUCAGCUGACGGAGGAUAUCCUAUACUUUGCAGUAUAUGAUGGACAUGGUGGGGCAGCAGCAGCAGACUUCUGUGAUAAGUACAUGGAAAAAUAUAUUAAAGAAUUUCUUGCUGAGGAGGAGAACUUGGAAAAUGUUUUGAACAAAGCUUUUCUAGAAAUAAACAAAGCAUAUGAAAGGCAUGCUCAUCUGUCUGCUGAUGCAACUCUGAUGAACUCUGGGACCACUGCAACAGUGGCUCUGCUCCGGGAUGGUAUUGAGCUGGUUGUGGCAAGUGUGGGAGACAGUCGUGCCCUGCUGUGUCGAAAGGGAAAGGCCAUGAAACUCACCAUUGACCAUACUCCAGAAAGAAAGGAGGAGAAGGAAAGGAUUAGGAAGUGCGGUGGCUUCGUUGCCUGGAACAGUUUGGGACAACCUCACGUGAAUGGUAGACUUGCAAUGACGCGGAGCAUAGGAGAUUUGGAUCUUAAAAACAGUGGUGUGAUAGCCCAGCCAGAAACAAAAAGGGUUCAGUUGCAUCAUGCAGACGACAGCUUCCUGGUCCUUACCACAGACGGUAUUAAUUUCAUGGUGAACAGUCAGGAGAUCUGCGACUUCAUUAACCAGUGCCAUGAUCCUGCUGAAGCUGCCCAUGUUGUUACUGAGCAGGCAAUGCAAUUUGGCACUGAAGACAACAGCACAGUUGUCAUAGUGCCAUUUGGAGCGUGGGGAAAGUACAAAAAUGGUGAGAUCAACUUCUCCUUCAGCCGCAGUUUUGCUUCCAGCGGGAGGUGGGCGUGAAGACCUGCCACAGCUAUCUUUUCCUGCCAUAAUCUGGACACAGUCUGCUACAGGAGAACACAUCCAUCUGUUCAUAGGUUGACUUGGUGUCUUGUCCAUCUCUUCUGUUCCCAGUGUUACAGAAGAUGCCACUGCUCCCUUGGUGCGUAAUGCCCCAUUGUUGCUUACGCCUGAUCACAUUUUGCUGCGUUUAUUUAUUCCAGUCAGCAUUGUGGCAGCUAUUUCUUUGGGUUUGUAGUCCCAGCAGCUCUGCACAUCACUUUGUUCACAUAGACAAGGCUCUGGGCUUUCACCUAAGGCUGGAGGUGUUGCACAAUUUUUUCAUACCUACUUGUAUUACCCAGGACCCUUAGUUAACUGGCAGCUGUGUAAGUCUGAGUCUCUGAGCCACAUGCUUGCUUCUUUGUACGCGGGGGAACAAACGCACAGUGUUCUUAGGUGGACAGAAAGUGGGUUUGUUGUUGUCCUCUGCUGUGCAGCCACUGAAAACUCCCCUGUGCUUCAGGAGAAGCUGGUGAAAAACAAGGGAGAAGUUUCAGAUGUGUUUAGGUUCUGAUGCCAGUGGCAUUUGGUGUAGCCGAACAACUUCUGAGACAGUGCUGCUUUGCAGGGCUUUGUGCUCUCACCACCAUCAUCUGUGAUCCUCUAUUUCCAAGGAGACAGAGCAGGCUGGAGCCACAUGCUGUUGGACAGAGGGGAACGUUUCUCCAUUGGGUCUGAAGCCUGUAUGGUCUCUGUGGACCAUGCAGCAGCCCCUUGCACUGUCUUCUCUUUGGUGUGCCAGUGCUUGAAAAGAGCACAGAGGAGGGAAAAAGCUGCACAUUUUUGAUAUCCAGAGACUUUCAUCAACUUGAAUUUCUUUUUUUUUUUUUUAAAGAAAACCAGCUAAUUUCAAAGAGUUUACUAAUCAAGAUUCUUUGGAUGUGUAAGACAGGAGAGUGUAUUUCUUCAUGAAUAUAUGAGGAUUUUCCUGCCCUCUGCUGAAGGUUUCUUUCAGUUAGUCAUGAUCUCCUGUGUCUCUUCAUGGUAUACAGGGAGCUGUAAAAUGCCCAAAGCAAGCAAGCUAGAGAAAGGAGAGAGCAUUAUAAUAACGUAAGGUAAUUUUUAUAAGUUUUGGGUAUUGUUUCUCAUAGGUGUCAGAUAUUCAGACACCAGAAGGUAGUUUUGUACUUAAAGGAAGCGUUUCCAGUUCCCUUUCCGGAGGGAGUCUGCGUCCAGUGAGGCAUGGGGGGCCAGAGCUCUGAGCCAGCUCUUAUCAUUGCUGUGACAUGGUCUGCAGGUGACAUGUUGGCAGCAGGUGAAGAUCUGUCCCAGCAUGCCUCGUUCAGACCUCCUUCUUCCUCUGCUCCACAUCAGGUAUGCAGCUCCUGUGGCCUCCGAGUCACCCUGUUGCAAUGAAAUACAGACAGAGAAGAAUUGGGCUCUUCUCAGGCUUGCCGCAAUAUUUUUCGUUACAUGGAUGUUUCCAACAGCACAAUUAUAAAAACAAAACAAAACAAAAAAGUGAAAGAGAAGUUGCCUGAUACUAAAUCACCUUGCAAUAAGGAAAAAUACUUCUGAGAUGCCUGGCCUGAUUCUCAUUUUCCAGUGUGAAGUAUGCAUCUUCAUUACUUUUAGCCCUUUCCUUUUAGCCCAGGGUCACACCUUAGGCAGUCAUUCCAUAUGUUUUUCCUUGCCUCUGGUUGAAGGCCUAGCAGCACCUGGCAGAGCACAGUGUUGUACUGACAACAUUAAGUACUAGGUGUUUAGAGAGUACGCUGGUUUUGUCCCAUCACCAGGUGUAUUACGUGGUGUACACAGUGUGUAUAUUUGGUUUGUAAGUACAAAGAGCCUGUGAGUCAGUAUAUGUAAAUCUCUGUUGUAUUGGAUGCUGUUGCCCAGGCCUCCGUAAGGAGCACAUCACUCAUUUACAAUAAUAAUCCCUUCUCUCUCCCCAGAUUUUCCCCAGGGUUGGGGUUCAGUCUUCACCUGAGGUCAGAAUGUUUGCUGGUCGUGGUCCUGGGCUCAGCUUUGCUUACCUGAGGCAGAGGGGCACUUUUAGUUGUUACCAGCGAGAGCAGGUUCUCAGUCGGUGGCAAGUUUGAAGAGUCCCACAACCCAUGUGCAGCAAAAAUGGCAAAACGUAGCCUCUCUCAAGCACUUGAGGAGAGGUCGCACCUGACAGAGGUUCAGAGAGCUGCUUGGGGAACAUAGUUAUGACCAGUUUGCACUGCAGCAUGAACAGCUGACAGCCUUUCUCCUGCCAAAGAAGUGACCUGCUAAAACAGCAAGUCUGAUAGUUCCUAGCGAAGGGUUAACCACAGCACACAGGAGUCUUACUCUGGGCACAGCGAAGGGUUAAGAGUAAAGCUCUGGAGAGGGAGUUGCUGUGGGGUGGCUUUGGUAUCAAGUGUCAGACAGGCUUGAUCGGUGCUGGUGCUGCCGGGAUUUGGACAAGCUCCAUCGACGGUGUCCUGUUCCAAAUGCUGCUCAUUUCUAAUCGGCUGGCUAGCCUUCUAUCCAGACAGAAGAUAUUAAGGGCGCUGGGGGUUUUUGUGACACGUACACACUGAUUUUUUUGAGCAGUGCUGGAUACUUGCUGAGCUGAAGACAUGGUAUUAAAUGCAGGCUGCUAAUCAAAAACAUUGCAAAUGAAAAGCAGGUGCUCAGAGGAAUGACCUGGCGGUUGGAGUAGCUUCUAAACAUUGACCCAGAUGUGACAUGGAAUGACAGGUUUUCUUCUCAUUGGAGGUUUUGGGGCAUAUUUUUGUUUUAUCCCUAUCUUGUUGCCUGAUGGCAUAGAGAACAAAAGUGGUUGAGUGCUUUUAUUUCUUCUAACGGAGUGGUUAUCCUCUCAGAAGAAAGAUCCAUCCAUAACUUCUUCUAAGUUUUAUAAAGGAAGGGAUAAGACAAAGCUUUGCAAAAUAGGAGAUGAUUAGAGAAAGAUGUAUUGGCAGUUGCUAUUGCUGCCUUUAUACAAUCACAGAAAAACUUAGAUUGGAAAGGACUUCUGGGUGUCAUCUAGCCUAGCCUCCUGCUCAAAGCAGGGCUAACUUCAGAAUUGCAUACUGCAGUGAAGGGAUGUCUCCUGACAUGGAAAUGCAGUGCCUGAAAAUGCAUGGGAGAAAGAAUUUAGCAUGCAGUGUGGUUUACCUGUGGAACCACUUAAUUAUAUUGAAGUUGAAAACUUACCAGUAUUUCACAGGCACUUUGUAUAGCUACCAAUAAACUUCACAAAUAAAUUAGCACGUACAUAAAACUAA